AUGUGGGAAUACAGUGCAUUUAACAACCUUGGCACCUGCCAGCUUCUGCCGCGCGGCGCAAGCAGCGGCUCCGGGGCGGCCGCACGCAGGGAUGCUCCGGGGGCGGCGGCAGCGGCCGGGUGGGCUGAGGCAGAGGACAGUGCGGGCCCCCGGGCCUCUACCCUGAGACAGCCGCCGGGCAGCACGCGCCGCCGAGGCAUCCCUGCAGUGCAGAAAAUUUUCAACAGAAUCACCGAUGCCUCUGCUCAGCGACUUGUUGAUAAGGCUCAGGUGUUGGUGUGCCGAGCCCUCUCUAACAUCUUGCUGCUUCCAUGGCCAAACCUUCCUGAGAAUGAGCAGCAGUGGUAUCAUUGGAGGAACUACCAGUUUGUACUGACUUUUCUCUUUGCCAUUGAGGACAUCAACAAGAGCCUCCAGUUGCUCCCCAACAUUUCCUUGGGUUAUGAUUUCUACAAUGCCUUUUCCAGUCACCGAAGGACCUUAAAGAGUGUUCUAUUUCUGCUCUGUGGAGGAAAUCAGACUCUGCCUAACUAUAACUGCCAGAGACAGAAAACAUCUAUUGCUGUCAUUACAGGAAACAUGCCAACAUUUUCAGCUGAAAUUGGAACCCUUUUGGAGCUCUACAAAAGCCCACAGGUCACAUAUGGUCUUUUUGAUCCUGUUCUAAGUGAUAAAGGCCAUUUUUCAUCAGUUUAUCAGUUGGCUCCCAAGGACAGCUCUCUGGCACAUGGAAUCAUCUGGUUGUUGCUGCAUUUUGGCUGGAGAUGGGUGGCACUCUAUGUAUCUGAUGAUAUGCAAGGGGAGUUGUUUCUUCAAGAUCUCAAGGCGGAGAGUAUAAAAAGGGGUAUCUGGGUGGCCUUCACAGAAAAGCUCCCUGCCACAACAGGUCUUUAUGCACAACGUGAUGUCAAUUUUAUGCCUAUGAUCAGAACUUCAUCUGCAAAUAUAUAUAUACUAUUUGGUGAUGAAGGAAGUGUCUUGAGCCUCGUAUUGGUAAAAGAAUUCUAUUUAAUUUUAGAAAAAGUGUGGAUAAUAAGAAAUCUCCACUCAUCACAAUGGGAAGACAUUUUUUAUGCCAAGUUUGAAAAACUAAACCUUUUCCAUGGAAGCCUCUUGUUUUCAAAUCAGGAAAGAAAAAUCCCUGGCUUCAGACAAUUUCUCAAGACAGUCAACCCUUCCCAAUACCCAGAAGACUUUUACUUCAGUAGACUUUGGUUUGAGAAUUUUAAUUGCUUACCUGCUGGAUCACUAUGCAACAAACUUGGGGACUGCCCAAUAAAUUCUUCCUUAGAGUUUAUGCCAUCUGGUAUGGACAUGAUGACUGUGUCUGACUCCAGUUUUUUAAUCUAUAAUGCUGUUUAUGUGGUAGCCCAAGCACUUCAUAAAAUGCUAUCACAGAAAAUAGAAAUGGGAUCUCCAGGAGAUGCAGAUCAGCCUGUGUUAAUUCCCUGGCAGCUUCAUCCAUUUCUGAGGAAAAGCCUUUUAAUAAGUAGUCCUGCAUACUACAUACCACUAGAAGAAAAAAGAAAUCAUAUGGCACAGUAUGAUAUUCAGAACCUUGUAAAUUUUCCUAAUGACAGUUGGCUGCUGGUUAAAGUAGGAGGUUUUAUUCACAGAAAUCUGCAUGAUCAAGGAUUGAUCAUCAAUGAAAAGAUGAUAAAAUGGCCUAUUCAUUUUAAAGAGACUCCUGAGUCUGUGUGUAGCCAGAGCUGUGGUCCUGGAUUUCAGAAAAUUACCCAAGAGGAAAGACCUGUUUGCUGCUUUAUUUGUGUUGCUUGUCCAGAGAGUGCCAUUUCAAAUCAAACAGAUGCAAAGCAGUGUAUCCAGUGCCUACCUCAAGAGUAUCCAAACAGGGGGAACCAGCAGGAGAGAACUUAUUGCCUCCUCAAGCCUGUGACAUUCUUGUCUUUUGAGGAUGCUUUGGGGAUGACCAUAGCCUGCAUGGCACUCUGCUUCUCUGUCCUUACAGCUGUGGUUUUAGAAAUUUUUGUGAAACACAGAGACACUCCCAUUGCCAAAGCAAAUAACCAGACUCUCAGCUUUAUUAUGCUCAUUUCCCUAAUGCUGUGCUUCCUUUGCUCCUUGCUUUUCAUUGGCCAUCCUAACACAGCCACCUGCAUCCUCCAACAAGUCACAUUUGCUCUUGUGUUCACUGUGGCUGUUUCCACUGUUUUGGCCAAAACCAUUACCGUGAUUCUGGCAUUCAAAGCCAUAAAUCCUGGAAGAACAAUGAGAUAUUUCCUGUUAUCAGGAGCUUCGAAGGGUGUCACUCCUGUUUGCCUCCUGAUCCAAGUGGAGAUAUGUGGAAUCUGGUUGGGAAUCUCUCCUCCUUUCAUUGACAUAGACUCACACUCUGAGCCCAGAAGCCUCAUCAUUGUGUGCAACAAGGGUUCAGUCACUGCCUUCUACUGUGUCCUGGGCUACCUGGGCUUCUUGGCAUUGGGGAGCUUCACUGUGGCUUUUCUGGCCAGGAACCUGCCUGACACAUUCAAUGAAACCAAGUUACUCACAUUCAGUAUGCUGGUGUUCUGUAGUGUCUGGGUUGCCUUUGUUCCUGUUUACCACAGCACCAAGGGGAAGUUAAUGGUGGCUAUAGAGGUCUUUUCCAUCCUCACCUCCAGUGCGGGGCUCCUAGGCUGUAUCUUUGCCCCCAAGUGCUACAUUAUUCUGAUAAGAUCUGAUAAGAACUCCUUGAAAAGUUUUAAAAAAAGAAGAGGCUCCAGAUGA